AUGAAAUAUGGCCAAGUUGUUGUAGGUCCCGCGGGAAGUGGGAAAACAAAUUAUUGUAAGCUAAUGAAAGAAUUUAUGAAAAUAAAAAAAAGAAAUUGUUAUCUUGUUAAUUUAGAUAGUGCAAAUGAAGAAUAUUAUUAUGAGAAAAAGAAAAAAGCUAUAAAUACAACUUCAAAUAUUGAAAAAGAACUAAAUGAUUAUUAUAAUACAAUAUAUGAUAUAGAUAUACGAAAUUAUGUAGAAGUAGAUAGUUUAAUGGAAAAUGAAAUGUUAGGACCAAAUUGUGCAUUAUUAAAAAGUAUUGAAUUAUUAUAUGAAAAUAGUAAUUUAUUAGAAGAUGAAUUAAAUAAUUAUGAUGAUGAUGAUAAUUAUUUUAUAAUUGAUACUCCUGGACAAAUCGAAUUAUAUACACAUACAGAUUAUUUUAAAAAAAUUUUAGAUAUUUUUACAUAUCAAAAUAUAAAAUUAAUUGUAGUCUUUUUGAUAGAUAUUUCUUUUAUUAGCUCAAAUACAAAAUUAUUAUCAGCAUAUUUGACAAGUUUAUCAACAAUGAUCAAUUUUGAAUUACCACACAUUAACAUAUUAACAAAAUGUGAUCUUUUAAUAAGCAAAAAUUAUUAUCAAGAAUUUAAAAAAUUUAAAUAUAAUAAUAAUUUUUUUUUUCAAAAAAAGUUAUAUAGAAAAAUUAAUAAAAAAUUAAAAAAAAUUAAAAAUAGCCAAAAAAAAAGAGACGGAUUUGAUGAUGAUCAUAAUAAUAAUGAUGAAAAUUAUGAUGAUUCAUUUUUCAAAGAACUUGAAUAUAUUAAUAAUACUGAUGAACUUUCCUUUAAAGAAGAAUAUAUUUGGGGUUCAGAUUAUACAAGUAGAAGUGGUUCUAGUAUUUCAUAUGCAUCUUUAUCAGAUGGAAAAAGUAAAUAUGAUAAUAAUUUAUCAGAAAAUUAUAGUAGUGAUGUUUCUGAUGAAAUUGAAGAAAAAAUUUACAAAAAAAAUUAUGACAAAUUAAAUGAUAUAUUAUCACUUGAUCCUCAUGAUAUUAUUAUAACAGCAAGUAAAUGUAUGUCUAAAAAAUAUUAUAAAUUAAAUUCAGCUUUUGCUAAUAUUAUUGAAGAUUUUAACUUAGUUUCAUUUAUUCCUUUAAAUAUAUAUGAUGAUGAUAAUGUAGAUUUUAUUAUAAAUUCAAUUGACGUUAUAAUUCAAUAUGGAGAAGACAAAGAUGUCAACGAUAAUUAUGAUAUGUAA